CUGAGUUAAAUUGCAGAGUCAAGUAGUUCUUCUUCUUCUUCUUCUGAAAAGAUCAAACACUUGGGAUUUAUCGCCGGUGAUUUUGAACAAUGGACGGGGUUCUUGCAGCGGUUCCAUCUGUAGUUUGUGGUGUCUCUCUACACAGUUCUUGUCGGAACAAGGUUAAUGCUGUAUCCAGACUCCAUUUCCAAGGGAGUUCCCUGCGUCCAGUUUCAAUGCUUCAAACUGAGAAUUGCGUUUCUUCUCUCUCGAUUUAUCCUUCUCCAAAACGCCAUUCGUUGCGUAGAAAGCGACAUUGCGGUGAAAUUUCGCGUUGCAUCGUAAAAUCCGCCGCUUCUUCAGCUGGAAAUGUUGACGAGUACGCCCAAGAAUCGGCGACUAGCGUCAAGUUUCAGAGAACAGUGACAUUACCGGGUUGUUCUAGCCCGCUCUCGUUGCUUGGCACUGGGUUUAGAGAGAAAAAAUUUGCUAUCAUUGGUGUCAAAGUCUAUGCUGCGGGUUUAUACGUGAAUGAAUCUAUCCUGAGCGGGUUAAGCGCGUGGAAAGGGCGAUCUUCUGAUGAAAUCCAAAUAGACUCAUCACUGUUUAGUUCCAUUUUUCAAGCUCAAGCAGCGAAAUCGCUGCAGAUUGUUCUUGUGAGAGAUGUUGAUGGUAAGACCUUCUGGGAUGCAUUGGACGAAGCCAUUUCACCGAGAAUCAAAUCUCAGUCUUCUGAUGAUAAAACCGCUCUCUCUACAUUCAGCGGAAUCUUCCAAAACAGACCUCUCAACAAAGGAAGUGUCAUACUCUUGACUUGGAUCAGUCCUUCUAAAAUGCUUGUUUCUGUUUCAUCGGGAGGAUUGCCAACGGAUGUGGAUGCUGCGAUAGAGUCUGUUAACGUUACAUCUGCUCUGUUUGAUGUGUUUUUUGGAGAUUCUCCGGUUUCUCCUACAUUGAAAUCCUCUGUGGCUAACCAAUUAGCUAUGAGUCUUGUGUAAAAGUAAAUUUCAGGUUGUACUUGUAUAUCAUGAAUCUUGCAAUGUGUUAAUCUUUGUUAAUGUUAUUUUUCUUAAUC